AUGUGGACAAUUAGCGAUUUCCCUGCAUAUGGAAAGCUAUCUGGUUGGGCAACCGCAGGUAAGCUAGCAUGUCCACAUUGUGGAAAAUAUUCACAAGCAUUUAGGCUGCCAAACGGUAAAAAGAUUUCUUGGUUUGAUUGUCAUAGAAGAUUUCUCAAAUCCGAUCACCCAUUCAGAUUAAAUAAGACUAAGUUCACCAAGAACCAUACAGAGGAAAGGGGUCCUCCUCCAAUUAUGAAUGAUGUAGAAAUUUUAAGGGAAAUUGAAGAUUUUGGCUUCAAAAAAGUUGGAUGUGGUUGGAAAAAAAGAAGCAUAUUCUGGGAUUUUGCAUAUUGGAAAACAAAUUUAAUAAGACAUAAUUUUGAUGUUAUGCACGUUGAGAAGAAUUUUUUUGAAAAUUUGUUUUACACAAUAAUGGAUGUGAAGGACAAGACAAAGGACAAUACAAAAGCAAGGGAUGAUUUGAAAGUCUUCUGUAAUAGAAAAGGUUUUGGUAAAAAUCAAGUUACAGGUCAAUAUACAAAAGCGCCAUAUGCAUUAAGCAAGGAGGAAAAAAAGUCAUUGUUGCCAAUUGCAUUCCGCAAGGUGUUACCAACCAAGGUGUGGGAAACAAUCACUGAGAUAAGUCUUUUCUUUAGAAGCUUAACCGCAACAGUAAUUACUGUUGAAGACAUGAAAAGGCUUGAAGCUGAAAUUCCUGUAAUUCUUUGUAAAUUGGAGGAUAUAUUUAUCCCUGUCUUUUUUGACUCGAUGGAACAUUUACCGAUACAUUUACCAUAUGAAGCAAAGAUAGGAGGUCGUGUUCAAUAUCGUUGGAUGUAUCCAUUUGAAAGAUUGCUCCAUCAAUUGAAAAAGGAUGUUAGAGUGGAAGGGUCAAUUUGCAAUGCAUUCUUGGUUUGUAAAGCCUUAAACUUUUGCUCUCACUAUUUCGAGCCCCAUGUUUAUACACGUAUAAGAAAGAUGCCUCGUAAUGAUGAUGGAGGAGCUGAAGAUGUUGAUGAAGAAAAGUUGAGUAUAUUUUUACAUCAUGGCCGCCCAUAUGGAAAACUCAAGAGUAGAAGGUUAAGUGAUAAGGAGUUUAAUGCAUUACAUUCUUACAUACUAUUUAAUGAAGAGAAGGUGCAACCAAAAUAUGAAAGGUCGCUGAAAGAACUAUAUCCCGAUAUAAGCGAACAUGAUCUCAUGGAAGAAGUGGAUACAAACUUUGCCUCCUGGUUUGAGAAUUAUGCACGUCAAAAUCAAAUAAAGAACAAGUAUAUACACGAUCUUUCAAGAAGACCAUUAAGGACGGUGAAAUUAUAUAACGUCUACUUUGUCAAUGGUUAUAAGUUUCAUACAGAAUCAUAUGGUGCUAACAAAGUGACAAUGAAUAGUGGAGUGUGUAUAAGUAGCGACUCUUGUGAUUACAAUGGCAGGUUGUUGGAAAUACUAGAAGUUGAAUAUCCUGGUUUGCCAAUUAAAAGCACAGUCUUGUUCAACUGUGAAUGGUAUGAUCCAACUCCUAAUGUUGGGGUCAAGGUCCAUAACCAAUAUAAGCUGGUUGACAUAAACAAACAUAGAAAGUUUAGGAAGUUUGAACCAUUUGUUUUAGCUGUGCAAGCUACUCAAGUUUGUUACAUUCCAUACCCUAGCAUGAAGCAAAACAUGUCUGAUUGGUUAGCUGUAUGUAAAGUUAAACCACGUGGAUGGAUAGAUGUACAAAAUACUAAUAAUAAUAAAAAUGAUGAUGCUUUUCAAGAUGAUGAAGCGGAAGCAAAUGAAAUCAUUAGCCCUAUGGAAGAAGCAUCCACAAGUUCACGUGAUGAAACAGUCGAGUAUGGCGACAUCUCAAGCAAUGCUUCUAGUGAUGAUAAUAAUGAUGACAAUGAGGGUGAGUUUGAGUAUAGUUCAUCAACAAACGAAGAAGAAGAUGGAAAUGAUGAUAUGUAUGAUGAUGAUAAUGAUUAA